AUGAGUGCUAAGACAAGAAGGCCUAUGAUGUACCCCACAGCUCUCCCAUUGUACCACAAAGCCUGGGCAACAGAAAUACUUGCAAAGCAGCAGCAGCAGCAUGCAAGCAUAGCCUUGUGGGGCCAGAGCAUCCAGAGGUUCAUCUCCUCCAGGGCUAGUCAAAGCCACGACGAGGAGGGCCCAGGGAAGAAUUGGCCACUUUUCAUGGAAGACAAAAGGCAGUUGUUGGCUAUGAGGACCAUGUACUUUGGAUCUGGAUUUGCUGUACUUUUCUUUAUAGUAAGGCACCAGUUACAUAAGAAAUAG